UUUAUUGCCGCAGCCGCGUGCACAUUUCAUUCAUUUGUUUGUUGCAAGGAGCAACAACUGCAGUUAUUGUUAUGGGAGGCCAGGGGAAAAUGAUAAAUCGCAAACGCAAGUUCGUUGGCCGCAAAUCCGAUGAUCCCGAAUUCGAUUUGGACAAGAAGCACUUCAAGGUGUUGCACCUGAACGCAACAGAGAAGCGUCUAAUCAUUGUGCUCGAAGGCGCUCAGCUGGAAACGGUCAAGGUGCACGGCACAUUUGAGCUGCUUAAUUGUGACGAUCAUGCGGGCAUUAUGCGCAAAAAUCAAAGAGAUCCGGGCUCCUGCCGCCCGGACAUCACCCACCAGUGCCUGCUGAUGCUGUUCGACUCGCCGCUGAAUCGGGCCGGGCUACUGCAGGUGUUCGUCCGCACCGAGCACAAUGUGCUCAUCGAGAUCAAUCCUCAGACGCGCAUUCCGCGUACGUUCAAACGAUUUGCGGGCUUGAUGGUUCAGCUGCUGCACAAGUUCCAGAUUCGAGCCAGUGACUCGUCGCGUCGAUUGAUGGCCGUCAUCAAGAAUCCGAUAACCGAUCAUUUGCCAGUCGGCUGCAAAAAGUACGCAAUGUCCUUUUCGGGCAAACUGAUCAGCAAUUGUCGCGAUUUGGUGCCGCAUGGCGACGAGGGCACCACAACCUACAAUGAACCCGUUGUCAUGGUAAUAGGCGCCUUCGCGCACGGCGUACUAAAAUCCGAUUACACCGAGGACCUAUUCUCGAUAAGCAACUAUCCGUUAUCGGCGGCGAUUGCCUGUUCCAAAUUGUGCACCGCCUUCGAAGAGGUUUGGGGCGUCAUUUAGCAAAGGAUUUUAUUUGUAAUUAUUUGGAUUAGUUUAUAUUCAUAUAUAUAUAAGUAUAUGCAUAUGUAAUAACCGACUGGGAAAGUUAUCAAAAGUCAAAGUUGAA